CCAAACUUCAUUUUCGCUUGAAAAUACAAUUGCCCGGUCACUUAAAACAGUCACAAGUAAAGGGAGAGGAAGACGACGAAGCCGUUCUGCCGCAGUGUGUUUGCGCUCCCACACGGAUAUAUUCACUAACCACGGAUUCUAAAGCGGACAACGUUUUUUCUUCGCUACCCUUGCAUUUCUUUAAACGAGAAAUGGAAGAGAGCUCAAGUUCUCCCGUCUCCCCAGUGGAUAGCUCGGUGACCAGCGAGGAGGAGUUGGACAGACAACAGAAAAGAUUUGGAAGGAAGAGGAGACACAGUAAAAAGUUGAGCGAGGACGGCAGUCCGGGUUCCGUUAAGCGCGGUAAAAAACCGAGCCCUAGCAGCACGCAGUCAUACGAGGAGCUGCAGAAUCAGAGGGUCCUGGCGAACGUCAGGGAGAGACAGAGGACUCAGUCGCUCAACGAAGCCUUCGCGUCGUUGCGUAAAAUCAUCCCCACGCUACCCUCGGAUAAAUUAAGCAAGAUACAGACUCUGAAACUGGCGUCCAGGUACAUAGAUUUCCUCUAUCAGGUGCUGCAGAGCGACGAGAUGGACAACAAGAUGUCAAGCUGCAGCUACGUCGCGCACGAGAGACUUAGUUACGCGUUCUCAGUGUGGCGGAUGGAAGGCGCGUGGUCAAUGUCCACGUCCCACUAGCCUCGAAGAAGUUAAAAUCUCUAAUGCCAAAGGGACUGUUUUUUUUUUUUUUUUUCUACAAAGUCUGAAAAUGCCAAAGGAUUUCUCGAAGAACCUAAGAACCUCAAAGACGUGGUCAAAGGACGCAACGUGACUUACGACUCUGGAUUGUCCUGGAGUAUUUCAAAGUGCGACACGACAGGAGCCUACUGUAGGCCUAUCUCAGACGGUAGAACAAAUGAGAGGAUUUCAGACCAACGUGUUUAUUCCCCUCCCGUAAUUCAGUGUGAUGGAGUCUCCAGUAGAUGUUAUUCUUUAAAUGCCGGUAUAGUAUGAUUCAGGAAAGCCAUAUGUUAUCUUAUAUCCCUUUUUUCUUUUCUAAUUAAAUGUUUAAAAAUGUCUUAAGAGCGCAUUGUACAUAUCUUUAAUCAUCUCCAGCUUUUAAAAAAGAUAACACCUGCCAUUUAGAAUCAUCCGUUGUUGAGGUACUGCAUGGAU